CGGAACCUAGGACGCCAGCCCAAGCCAUCCAUUAUCCUUGAUUGCUGCACCUAAGAGAGAGAGAGAGAGAGAAAUGGCGGCUUUCACUACGCAUACGCCAUGCCAAGCCACCCCCUUGCAUCCUAAUAUUAAAAUUUUAACUCAAAAUGCGAAUACGAAAACAGUUCAUAAAGCUACGUCUUCUUUGCAUCAUUAUUCUUCUAUUUCUUCUCUCUUUUCACAAACCAAAUCAACUCUUUUCUCUAAUUCAGGCAGUGGCAGCUCAUGGUUGCGACAUAAUCCCUUGCAUGAUGAUGCGAGCAGUGGUAGUGGAUCGAGGCAGGGUCCAAUAUAUUCAGUUUUUCGCACGAAACCUGCUGAAGUUGCCUCCGUCGAGGACCUCUUCGAGUUCAUAUGCUCUGGUCCUCUUGUCGACAAAAUGGGACUGACCCAAGAAAAGGUGGCAGAGUCUAUUGACAAGUGGUUGUUUUAUGGCUCGAAGCUUUGUCGAUUGUUUCAGCUGGAUGAACUUUACCUUACUACUCCUCAGAAAGCAAGGUUUUAUCACUACUACAUACCAGUCUUUGUGUGGUGUGAAGACCAGAUAUCACAGCAUGCGUCCAAAUUUAAAGACGGAGAAGAGAUACCUCCGUUAGUGAUUGGUUUCAGUGCACCACAGGGUUGUGGGAAGACCACACUUGUAUUUGCUCUUGAUUAUCUUUUCAGGAUCACUGGCAGGAACUCUGCAACAUUAUCUAUAGAUGAUUUCUAUUUGACAGCAGGAGGUCAGGCCGAAUUGAGAGAACAGAACCCAGGAAAUACUCUUUUAGAGUUGCGAGGAAAUGCUGGGAGCCAUGAUCUUCCAUUCUCCGUUGAAACACUGACAGCUCUGAGCAAGUUGACUAAAGAAGGCAUGAAGAUGAAGCUUCCUCGAUAUGAUAAAUCUGCAUAUAGUGGGAGAGGUGACAGAGCUGAUUCUUCGACAUGGCCAGAAGUUGAGGGACCACUAACGGUUGUUCUGUAUGAAGGCUGGAUGCUUGGCUUCAAACCCCUUGCGAAUGAAGUUGUUAAAGCUGUUGAUCCACAGCUGGAAAUAGUGAACAAAAACCUAGAAGCAUAUUAUGAUGCAUGGGACAAGUUCAUUAAGGCUUGGAUUGUGAUCAAAAUUCAGGACCCAAGUUGUGUGUACCAGUGGCGUCUGCAGGCUGAGAUAGCCAUGAGGCAGGCAGGAAAACCUGGAAUGUCAGAUGAGGAGGUGAAAGAUUUUGUUUCACGUUACCUACCUGCUUAUAAAGCUUACCUUCCAACCCUGUAUUCUGAAGGACCAAAUGGAUCACAUCCAAACCAUCUCCUACUCAUUGAAAUCGAUGAAGCCAGAAAUCCCAUCUUUGGGAUCUAAAUCAUUUGUUGUUGUUGAUGAAUAUCAGUUUCGGAUCCAAUUUUGAUUUCUUGGAUGUGUCGUGUGGUUUAACUACUUGUAAACUAAUUAUUUCAUGAUCCACCCAUGUGUUUGCAAUCAAUUUGAGAUUUGUAAAUGAGAAAUGUUUGAACUAUGCCCGUCAGUCUAAUAUAUACAGAACGGCCCACUGCUUGAAAUCAA